UGCAGAUAACUGGGAGUGGCCGCCACAGAAUCAGUAACUACGGUUGAUUCGCUGCUGCUCUCACACUUCCUCGCUGGAGUUUGCUGAGCACGGUGGAUGCUUUGUGGUUUCUCAGCCGGGUCAGGCUCCCAGACUGACUAAGGAGCGAAAGCCCCUGGGAAGCGAAUGAAGAAACACCUCCUACUACACUUCACGUACAGGGGACUUGUCAGAAAAGGGAAAAAGAGCAAGAGGCGAAAAUGGCCAAUUUCAUCAUCCGAUCAGCUGCGCCCGGCGACUGUAAGGACAUCCUACGACUCAUAAAGGAAUUGGCAAAAUACGAAGAUAUGGAAAAUCAAGUAGUGCUAACUGAGACAGAUCUCUUAGAAGAUGGCUUUGGGGAACAUCCGUUCUACCGUUGUCUUGUUGCGGAAGUGCCGAAGGAGAACAAGACUGUUGAUGGAUACACAAUUGUUGGCUUUGCUAUGUACUACUACACGUAUGACCCGUGGAUAGGAAAACUACUGUACCUCGAAGACUUCUUUGUGAUGAAUGAGUUCAGAGGGUCUGGUAUUGGGUCAGAAAUAUUCAAGCACCUGAGCCAAAUCGCUGUGAAGUGUCGCUGCAGCAGCAUGCACUUCCUGGUGGCAGAAUGGAACGAACCAUCCAUUAGAUUCUACAAGAGACGUGGGGCAUCCGAUCUCUCCACUGAGGAAGGGUGGCGCCUCUUUAAAAUUGACAAAGAGUACUUGUGUAAGAUGGCAAAUGAGGAGUAAUAACAAGAGCCUCGGAGAGAAGAUUUUUGCUUAAUAAAUUUGUUUUUGUUGCUUGCUUAUUCUUCAGUCUUUGCACGGUGACUAAUUCCAAAGCUUUCAUACCAGCGACAUUGUAGCAUAAACUGAUUCGUCACCCAUCCACUUUCUCCAGCGAUGUCUUUCUCUUCGGUCGGAGACUUUUCCAGAGCUCUAUAAACGUGAGAUCCUCAGUUGUGUGUGUAUAUAUGUAACUUCAUUCUUGUAAGUCAUUGGAUCGUGUACAAUGUACACACUGGUAUUUGGAGGUUUUGUAUCAUUAACCUGUUUUUACAAAUUAAAGAGCAGCACUUGUUCUGUG